CUCCGCCCUGCCCUGCCCUAUCAGGGUUGGGAGGACACUCCAACCACAUAAAGAGCACAGUCUAGCCCUGGGAUCUAUAGGCCACUUGGAAGCUGAGCGCUGUGCAUCCUUUUAGCUCUGAAGCCUCCUCAGGACCCCUCGGGCUUCUGGAACCCAGACACCAUGGAUCCCACUUGCACUCUCAGACUUUUGCUUCUCCCGCUUCUACUAAUGCAAAAUGAGGCUGGCGCAGCUGCUCUGACAAGUGCAGGAAACAAUGCGGAGAUCUGCCUCUUACCCCAGGAUAUUGGGCUGUGCCGGGCCCUAAUCCCCAGAUAUUACUACGAUAGAUAUGCACAGAGAUGCCUUGAGUUCAUGUAUGGGGGCUGCGAGGGCAACGCUAACAACUUUGAAACUUUGGAGGACUGCAAGAAGGCUUGCUGGAGGAUAGAGAAAGUUCCCAAAAUUUGCCGGUUGGAAGUUAAUGAAGAAAAAUGUGGGAAGUCCAAAGAAGAGUAUUACUUCAAUCUAAGUUCAAUGGCAUGUGAAAAAUUUCUCUCUGAAGGCUGUCAGAGCAAUAAUAACCGGUUUCCAGAUGAAGCUACUUGUAAAAACUUUUGUGCACCAAAGAAAGGUCCAUCAUUUUGCUACAGUCCGAAAGAUGAGGGACAGUGCUCUGCUAAGUUAACUCGCUAUUAUUAUAAUUCAAGAGACAAAGUCUGCGAGUCCUUUACCUACACUGGCUGUGGAGGAAAUAACAAUAAUUUUGUUGACAUGAAGGACUGCAGGCGUGUUUGUGCAAAAGCCUCAAAGAAGGGAAAAAUUAGGAAGAUGCCAAGAGGUAUACUUGUCAAUAGAAGAGAAACCUACAAGAAGAAAAUUUAACCAUUUUUUGUAUUCUGUUCUGUGAAAACUAUUGCCAUUAUGGUCACAUAUGAAGAUAAUAUGGUAGCAUGAAUAAACAAAUUGCUAGUCAUAUUUUUAUUCACCAGUUUUUAUUGCUACAAGUUACUUUCAAAAUGUACAUAUUUUCAUAUAUGUCUAACUGCUAUUCAAAUGUGAAUCUGUUAUUUUAAACAUAACUCUUCACCUGUACUUUUAUGAAGUUGAAUUUGUGUAUAGACGAUAUUAAAAGAAAAUAUGGCUUGCCCAUUUUA